GCCAGAGUCAAAGUCAAAUGUUUGACGAAUUAUACGGGAGAUAAGUAAAAGGGGAGAGAACUCGACUGUUUCCACACUCAGACGAAUAAUGGAGGAUACUCUCAAGAUUGACGAUGAUGGCGAUGAACUCAACCGAGAAGUUGUUAACAUACUGAACAAGUCAUCGGAGGAGAUCAUCGAUAGGGUUGAUCUUUCCGGUCACCAAUUAAAGUUUUUUCCCGAAGAAUUCGGCAAGCUUACCGCUUUAGUUCAUCUCAAUCUCUCCAAUAAUCACUUACAGGUGCUUCCUGAUUCAGUUGCAGGAUUACUGAAACUGGAGGAGCUUGAUGUUUCAUCAAAUCUGUUGGAAUCCUUACCAGAUUCGAUCGGUUUACUGACCAAUCUCAGAGUCUUGAAUGCAUCCAGCAACAAGCUUAACACCCUUCCUGAAAGCAUCGCUUUUUGCAAGUCAUUGAUAGAAUUGCAUGCCAGCUUCAAUAACCUCGUAUUCUUGCCAACAAACUUCGGUUACGGACUAGUGAACCUUGAAAUCCUCUCGAUCAGCCUCAACGAAAUCCGUUUCCUUCCACCUACAAUCAGCGAACUGGUAUCUUUACGGUAUUUCGACGCUCAUUUCAAUAAACUCCAUGGCCUUCCAUCUUCAAUCGGGAAGCUAACGAAUCUUGAGGUAUUGAAUUUGAGUAGCAAUUUCAGCAAUUUGACACAGCUUCCCGACACCAUCACCGAUCUUGCAAACCUCAAAGAUCUUGAUCUUAGCAACAACCAAAUCCAAGCUCUUCCUGAAGCAUUUGGUCAACUUCAAAACCUCAUCAAAUUGAACUUGGAUCAGAACCCACUUGUGGUUCCUCCUAUCGAGAUCGUGAUGGAAGGAACCGAGGCCGUAAAGGGUUUCAUGAUCAAGUGGACGCUCAAGAAUAUUGCCGCCGAAGAACAGCGGCGCGCGGUGGAAGCGAAUGACCGGGAUCAGGGUGGAUGGUUGGCUUGGGGAACCAAUAUGGUUAAUGCAUACCUUGGCCAAGGUAAGCCUUCUGGUUCAAAAGACUCAUAUUUGGAUCAGUUAUUGUGAUGUUCUAAAGAAAUAACUUCAAAAACAUCUGUUUAUACAAGUAUAUCAUCUCAGAACCAAUUAUACUGCGUCCUGUAAGCAAAACUUUGUAUAUGUUAUAUUAUGGUGCAUAAAUUCUUGUUAUUGUGAUGAAUGAAAUGUCGAUGUUGUUUUUAUCA